GCCAAAACAGCUAUGCGUGUAAACCGACUUGAAACGCUCAACGAUCAAAUGAUCAUAUCCCAAAUUUAUUGGAAACAAAUUCGAAAUCAAAGAGUUGCUCUCUUUACACGCUUUGGUCUUAUAUAUAUUCACUCGCAAGUCACAAAAGUGUCACGUUCUUACACUUUCUGUUUUUUUUUGUAAACCUCUCUCUCUCUCUCUCUCUCUCUCUCUAAAACACCAAAAAACUCACCGAAAUUGGCCAAAAAAAAACAGAUUGAAGUGAGAGAUGGAGAAUGUUGGGAUAAGAGUGGAAGGAGCUUCAGGUUCUGGUUCUUUCUUCACACCCCUUUUGAUUUCCAUGGCAGGCAUUGUCUUCACAACCCUAGCAAUAGUUGCGUACCAUUUCCUAGUUAAGUAUUGCCUACGGAGGAGGCAACAGCAGAUGCAACUGCAAAUCCAAGCCAGCCUCGCGCAACAAUCAGGCACCAAUCAAUCCAAUGGGGUUGAUGAGAAAGUCCUGAAUUCCAUCCCAAUUCUCUCGUACUCGACGAACGAUGGUGAACUUUUUCGCGUGGAUCAAAGCGAGUGCGUGAUUUGCUUGGGAGACUUAGAAGACGGGGAUUUGGUGCGUUUGUUGCCGAGUUGCAAGCACGUGUUUCAUAAUCCAUGCAUAGAAAGGUGGUUUUGGGGGCAUACAAACUGUCCGGUUUGUAGGUCAGCUAUAGAUGUGCCUAUUGCUUCUGUGGCAUCAACGUUGCCUGUGGAAUAUAGUCAUGAUCAAGUUGGUCAAGUUAGAGACAGAGAACUCGAAGAAGCCGGCCCAGUAUAUCAACCCAAUUGCUCAUCGCACCCUCAUGAUCCAGAGGAGGGUUUGGCAAUUACAGCUGCUAGUACUACUAUAUCAACCCAAUUGUCAAAACCAAAUGGUUUGCUUAGGCAUUGUGUGUCACUGGUGGUAUUGCCUAUGGAGGAUAGUAGUAAGCAGCAGAUUUUGUUGAAGAGGUUGGAGAGGUCUUUGUCUUUGGAUCAUUCCCACGUUCUUAUCAAUAUAUACACAGAGAGUGAUGACAAGCCCUCUUCAUCAUCUUCUACUUCUUCUGAUUGUUCCUCUUCGAAGCCGGUUCUUAAGCAGUGUAGAUCGUUGAAGGCGCGGUCGAUGAGGCAGCUUGAUCGAAUGUCUUCAGUUUUAGUAAAAUCUAUUUCUCAACUGCGGAUGGGCCAGAGUUUCAGCACGGCCAGUGGCCAUGGAAAUCUUCCUUGUUAGAAUUAUUUCUAUUUGUUUUAUUUUUUCAGUGAAGGCGAGGGUCAUCUCUUACCGUUGUAAACUCCCCAUGUGGUUAUUUUUUAAUUACUAGGAAUUUUUUUCACUGACAAUAUUGUUAUCCUUUAGGAAAAAUAAUUAGAUUCUUUUUUUCCUUCAACAAACCAUUU